CUCCAAUUUGUUGUCUUCUUUAUCAACAGACCUCAUAUACUCUUCUCCCAUUGGGAAUCUCUCUGUCUAUCUCUGUCACUCGGUAUCUCUCCCUAAGAUGGCCUCGUAACAAUUUAUAUCUUAUCUUCUCCAUUCCACAGUCUCUCAUUCCUCCCUUACAUUUUAUCCCGAUCCCUUCCAUUGUCGAUUGCUCACUUUCCCGCAGUGUCUAUCCACUCAAUCGCGAUCGAUCGGUAGUCGGGAAAUUCUGGUUCCUGAUUUGAUCCUCCCGCGGAAUUUCUUUGGCAGAAUCUGUAUACGGUGGCUCUGAUUUAGUUAGUAGCCGUGAUCGGGGCGCGUCUGAGGAAUUUUUUCAGGUGCGCUUUUAGAUUCAUCUUCUGGAGAUGUCUAAUUCUCUAAUGGAUUCUUCUAGUGUGAGAGAGGAGGAGAUAUUUGUUUGUUUGGAUGUCGAGAUAAUAAUUAGUGGAUUAAGAUUCGGCCAGCGGUGAUAGUUGCGGUUGCGUUUGAUCCUCGAAAUUACCUCUUACUCGAAUUACCGGAUUUGGUAGUCAAGAUGUAUUGAAGUGUCUUAGUCUCUGAUUCCCCCCUCCCCCAUUUUAAGCUUUCAAUUCGGUUUCUGUUUGGAUCGUGAUUGUUUUUCUAUAUCAUUCGAACAUUGGUUACAGGACUACCUGAGGAGGUGCGGAAAUGGCUUCUCUUCAAGGACCAGUUAUAUGCCCUGCAAAGCAAGCGGGAUUCUAUAUGUGCACCGUUCCUGUGAUGAAUUGCUGCGUGGUGAGAGCCAGGUUCGUUGGUAACGACUUAUUGGGAUUCAAAGGAACACAUGGCGACAAGAGUAAGGUGGGCGGUUUGGUUUCUCGGAGUCGGCAGAACUUCUCCAAGGUGCAAUGUGCUCUAAGUUCUUCAUCAAGUGAUAAUGGCAACAUGGCGAAAUUUAAUGAGCAGUAUGAAGAUUAUGUCAAUUCUAGUGUAGUUGAAGCUGUUGAGGUGAAGAGCGGGGCAGAUGGUUUCAUGAUUAAAAAGAGAGAUGGGAGGCAUUUGAGAUGUGUCCAUAACAAUGCUCAGGGCAGCCACUUGCCAGACUACGCUCCACAUCCUGCGAUCGUGUUGAAGAUGGAAGAUGGGACUGGUCUUCUCCUCCCAAUAAUUGUUUUGGAGAUGCCAAGUGCAUUGCUAAUGGCAGCAGUCCGGAAUGUUCAAAUUUCAAGACCCACUCUUUAUCAAGUAGUGAAGGACAUGGUUGACAAGAUGGGCUAUGAAGUUAAGCUUGUUAGAGUAACUAGGCGAGUGCAUGAAGCAUAUUAUGCUCAGUUGUAUCUGACAAAGGCUGGUUCUGAUGAGUCUAUCAGUUUUGACCUCCGCCCUUCAGAUGCUAUCAAUAUUGCAGUGAGAUGCAAGGUACCAAUUCAAGUGAACAAGUACCUAGCAUACAGUGAUGGGAUGAGAAUCAUUAAUUCUGGAAGGCUAACGCCCUCUCAUACUUCAGAUGACUUACUAUUCACUGAACUAGACCGGCCCACGCCGUGCCUUGAUACCAAAGAGUUCAUUCUUGUGCGCAACAUGCAGGAAGCUGCGAUUGAUGAGCGUUACAACGAUGCAGCUGAAUGGAGGGACAAGCUCGGCCAGUUUCGUGCAAAGAGGAACCUGAGGAAGCACGUCUGAGAGAGUAGCGAGGCCAGUCGGAGCUUUUGUAAAUAGGAAAUGCGGUGGGAAAAAGCUCUGUUGAAGUCCGACGGCCUGCCUCAGGGAGUAAAAAUCUGCUCUCCUUUCGUCGCCAUCGUCCGUUAUGAAUAUAAUACGUGUCUAUUUAUCUAUACAUCUCGCUCUCUCCCUAUAUAUAUAGUAGGCUUGUGAAUAUAUGUAUAGGAUUCGA